GUUUUUCCUUUUGCCUGUUGGCCAAAGUUUGUUCCUUUUUGCGUCGUCUUUUUUCGUUCAUCAUCUGAAACCGGUGGUGGCCGCUGGCUUCCAUUUUACGGAACACGCCGAUUCCAUGCCUUUCCUUUCUUUUCCUUCGGCUUUCACGCACCUCUCAGUGCAUCUGUAAUGUGGGUGUUCGACCCUCUUCCCUAUUAUGACUGCAUAAGUUGGGAGAUCUAGCUCGACUCCUCCUCCUCCUCCUCCUCCUCCUUCACCUUCACCAUUUAUCAUUACGGUUAAUUUAAUGCCCACCCAGGAAAAGAAUCGGCCUUUGGGUCUGUCACUCUGUCCUUUUUAAAUAACCCCCCUUUGCUUUAACAGUUUACUGGCCUUUUCGUUUCUUGUUCUCGAAUCGUUCGACUUUUGAGAGAGAGAGAGAGAGAAGAUGAGCGGAGGAGGAGAAGAAGGGACGACGUUGGAGUACACUCCGACGUGGGUGGUCGCCCUUGUCUGCACGGUGAUCGUCGCCAUCUCCCUUGGGGUCGAGCGGUUCCUGCACUACACUGGCAAGUACCUCAAGAGAAACGACCAGAAGCCUCUCUAUGAAGCCCUCCAGAAAGUUAAAGAAGAGCUUAUGUUGUUGGGGUUCAUAUCGCUGCUGUUGACGGUGUUCCAAAACGCGAUAUCCCAUGUGUGCGUGCCCGUGGACAUCACAAAGCACAUGCUCCCUUGCAGCCUCAGGGAAGCCCCGACCGAAGGAGACACUGCCACGACCUCGCACUUUCAGCUUUCCUUCUCCAUUGCUCCGGGGAGAAUCAGGAGGCUCCUUGCUGAGACGUCAACGGUUUCAUCUGAGACCGGGACUUGCGCUGCAAAGAAUAAGGUGCCAUUGUUGUCUACUGAGGCAUUGCACCAUCUUCACAUCUUUAUCUUUGUCCUAGCAAUAGUCCAUGUGACUUUCUGUGCUCUCACCGUUCUGUUUGGAGGCGCAAGGAUACGUCAAUGGAAACACUGGGAGGAUUCUAUUGCCAGAGAUAAUUAUGAUAGUAGGCAAGCUUUAAACAAAGUCACACAUGUCCAUCAACAUGCCUUUAUCAAGGAGCAUUUUCUGGGUAUUGGUAAAGACUUGGCUCUUCUUGGUUGGUUGCAUUCAUUUUUCAAGCAAUUUUAUGGUGCUGUUACUAAGGCUGAUUACACCACACUGCGCCUGGGUUUUAUCACGGCGCAUUGCAAGAGUAACCCGAAGUUUAAUUUUCACAAAUACAUGAUACGUGCCCUGGAGGAUGAUUUCAAGAGAGUCGUGGGGAUAAGUUGGUAUCUGUGGAUAUUUGUGAUUGUGUUCUUGCUGCUGAAUGUCAACGGCUGGCAUACAUACUUCUGGAUAGCAUUCAUUCCAUUCAUUGCUGCUGGAUUUGCUACAUCCUUUUCAUAUCUUGUGAUAAAUCCUGAGCAUAAUAUUGAACUUCUGCUGGCUGUGGGAACCAAGCUGGAGCAUGUUAUCACACAAUUGGCUCAUGAAGUUGCUGAAAAGCAUGUUGCAAUAGAAGGGGACCUGGUUGUUGAGCCAUCAGACAAACACUUUUGGUUUCGACAACCCCGAAUAGUCCUUUUCUUGAUCCAUUUUAUCCUUUUCCAGAAUGCUUUUGAGAUUGCAUUCUUCUUCUGGAUCUGGGUUCAAUAUGGCUUUGACUCCUGCAUAAUGGGACAAGUCCUCUACAUUGUUCCGAGGCUUAUUAUUGGCGUGUUCGUUCAGGUACUCUGCAGUUACAGCACUCUGCCCCUAUAUGCCAUAGUCACUCAGAUGGGAAGUUCAUUCAAGCCGGCCAUAUUCAACGAGCACUUGCAGGUAGACCUUGUCAAUUGGGCACAGAAAGCGAAGAAAAAGACGAGAGCAGCAGCUGGCGAUGGCUCUGGCUCUGGCCAAGCAAGCUCUCAAGGCAGUUCUACCAUCGGAGUUCAGCUGGGAAGAGUGUUCCGCAAGGCAUCUGUGCCCGAGGACAUCCAAACCCAGCCCGGCCCUGAAGGGUCUACAUGAGUUCUCUGGCUAUAUACUGCAGAUGUUAAGUUACUGGAUUAUCAUUUUGUAGAGUAGUUGCACUUUCAGAAGAUCAUACCAAGUCGUAUGUUGCCCGAGCUUUCUCAGCGGCUGUUGGGGUUGCUCCGGAAUAGUUUUUGCUUGAGAUUCAGGUCCAGUUAAGUCAUGUAUACCUUAAAAUGUAUGUCGAUGUAAAGUACGUACCCCGAAGAAGGAAUUCUUAUUAUCUCGCUAUCGGAUAGUGAUAUACAGGAUGAAAAUUACAUGGUUCGGGUUAUAGA